UCAGCAUCCUAACCCUAAUCUUUUGGCAACUUUUUCGAUCCAACCCAUUUUGAUUCUUCUUUGAUUGAACAAAACCCUCCUCUUUGAUCCAAGAAUUAAUAGAACUUUCACCCAUUUUUUGAGCUUUUGACGAUAGAACAAAACCCUUCCCUUAUCCUAGAAAUAGAACUUACACCAUUUUAUUUUCUCCAUCAAAUUGGGAAAAGAAACCCAUAAUCUGUGCGUUUGAUCUUUGUUUCAACAAAUCUUGAUUUUUCUUUGCCAAAAGAUUUAUACCCAAAAAGGUGGUUAUGGCUUCAAGAACAGUCGCUAAAGAUAUUAUCACCCUUCGUGGUUCAGCGGCAAUUGUCAGCGAGUUUUUUGGGUAUGCUGCAAACAGUAUUCUCUACAAUCGCGGAGUUUAUCCGGAAGAGAGUUUUGUGAAGGUGAAAAAAUAUGGGCUUCCGAUGUUGCUUACUCAGGAUGAAGGUGUCAAAUCCUUCAUUGCCAACUUAAACGCUCAGCUUUCGGAAUGGCUAGAAGCUGGAAAAUUACAGAGGAUUGUUCUUGUAAUAAUGAGUAAGGCUUCCAAUGAGGUCCUAGAAAGGUGGAACUUCAGCAUUGAGACCGAUAGUGAAGUCGUCGAGACGGGCGUCUCAAGGGAGAAGAGUGACAAGGCAAUCAUGAGAGAGAUUCAAGCUAUCAUGCGGCAGAUUGCUUCAAGCAUUACCUAUUUGCCAUGCCUAGACGAACCCUGUGUUUUUGAUGUGUUGGCAUAUACUGAUAAAGAUGUUGCAGUCCCAUUCACUUGGAUUGAGAGUGACCCCAAACUUAUAGCUAAUCCACAAAUGGUCAAAUUGCAUUCCUUUGAUACCAAGAUUCACAAGGUUGACACUCUUGUUUCGUACAAGAACGAUGAAUGGGACGAGCAGUAGAGGGGGAGGGAGGGAGCAGUCAUUCAUUCACUCACCACUCGUUUCUGUUCUGUUCUAUUUUGUGGUUCCUGCUUGGCUUGAGUGUAUGUUGUGUGAAUCUUUUAUUCACAUUUUGUAGAAAAAUGUCCAUGUGUGUGGCCGUGUAAACAUGGACUAAAGAAGACUCGUUUGUCGCACCAUUGAUGAUAUUCAGUUUUUGAAUCGUGUUUGUAGUAAGGGAACUUCAACUGUCUUUGGUAUGAGAGAGACUCAUCGUCAGUGUUGGCAACAAGCGCCAUACA